CGAGGAAGGAACCCCGUUUCUCCGCUGGAAAAUGAGACUUGUUUGGAGAAUAAGGAUCCGUGCGUACUCUUAUAGACGCCUGCUACGGUGAUGUCACUCCGCAGCAACUGGAAUAUGGAGGUGAAGAGACCACAGUGGACAUCUUAACCCACCGAUUUUAUCCAGACAAUGGCUAAUCAGGCAGGCACCCUAUUACAUGGAGAACAGUUCCUGCUGUGUGGAAUCUGUACCAGGAACAUCUCCUCUCCCAAGCUGUUGUCCUGUCUUCACACCUUUUGCGAGGAGUGUCUAACAAGGUCUGAGAAGUCUGAUUCUGUCACCUGCCCUACCUGCCAGAAAGCCACAGAACUCCCCAAGGUGAAGAACAAUGUGCUCUUCUCGGAGCUGAAGGCCAGGGUUGAUACCUACAGACAGAUUGUCCAAGCCAGCGUGCUUCCAUGCUCUAGGUGCAGAGCUGGGGCAAGCUUCCUGUGCUUCGAGUGUGAGAAAAUGCUGUGCCAGAGCUGUUUUGAUGCCCAUCAGAUUUUCACAGAGAAGGAAGGACACCCAGUGGACAGCGUGGAGAACCUGAGGAGGAUGGACUUCCCAGACUUCCUGGAAGCCACCCGCAAGAAGAGGCUCCCUUACUGUCCCAGCCACGAGAAGCAGAUGAUUAGCAUCUUCUGCAGGACGUGUUCCAAGUCUGUGUGCUGCACCUGCACCAUCCUGGAGCACAAGCCUCCAGCCCAUGAGCACUGUGACAUGAAAGAAGAGGUGCAGCUGCAGAAACAGGAUCUCAAAAAAAUGUCUGCUGCCCUGUUGGAGAAGCGGGAGGCCUUCGCCAAAGCCUGCCAGGAACUGUGGACUCUGCGGGACUCGAACCGGGCCCACAAAGCAGAGCUAGAGGACGCGAUCAAAGAGGCGGUGAGGGAGACGGUGCAGGUAGUCACGGAGAAGGGGGAUGCACUCCUGGGCGAGCUGGAGGGCAUGUAUGCGAACAAGGACGCCGAGAUCAAGGGCCAGCUCUGCGAGACGGAGAAUGUCCUCAAGAGGGUAGAUGCUGCCUGUGACCUGAUCGAGAAAAUCGAGUGCUACGGCGCCGACAAAGACGUUUUGGAGAUGCAGGGGAUGGUGAGAUCCUCCCUGCAGGAGCUCCAGCGAGAGGACAGGGUACACGUCGAGCCGCAGGCCUUGAAAGUCACCUUCACCAAAUCCCAUGUGGAAUCUCGCGCCUGCGUCGGCAGCCUGGCAGUUUGGAAAAACAGUGUUGAAAGAAGAGAAAUGGCACUGUCUUCUGAGGCUUCUGGGGUUGUCAGUGUGAAAAGAGCAAGGGAGGAUGACCAGGAAACAGAGUGGAUUGACAAGCACAGGAACCAAUCUGACUCGUACCAUGAUCUGCAACCCCAGCCCAAACGCCACACCUCGCCAGAUCUCUACCAGUCUGAGGCCAGCAUGGGGUCAUACCCAGGAACUGACAGCCCACGGUCCACCUCACAGUCUCCUGUGCAGGAAAUAGAGUCAAUGGGUACUUCACAAACAGAUUCGUGGGUAAUAUCUUCCAGUGAAUCUGAAGAUGAAUCUCCAUCAGGUGCAGGUGGCCGGAAUCAUAACAACCAAAUUGUAUCCCAGUUGCAAAUCAGCAGCGAGAUCCAAUCUAAAGUUGCCACACAAGACUGGGCAACAGGCACUAUCGUGUUCUUUGAUUUGGAGACCACAGGAUUGGAUCUCUCUUCCAACAUUAUCCAGCUCUCUGCUGUUUGUGGCGAGUUGACCUUUAACACUUACAUCCUUCCAGUCCAGCCAAUCACACAGGGAGCAUCAGCUGUCAACGGGCUGACGAUGGAGGAUGGAGUGCUGCUUCUGCACUCAGAGCCAGUGGAAACUACCUCCAUUGGAGAGGCCUUGACUGCCUUCCUCAACUUCCUUCGCUGUCUGAGCGAACCCUUGCUUGUAGGCCACAACAUCUGGAGGUUCGACUGUCCCAUUUUGAUUCGCGUCCUUAAAAAAGUAGGCCUCAGGGAUGAAUUGGAGAAUUCGGUCUCAGGGUUCCUGGACACACUUCCCCUGGCCAAAGAUAUACUGAAGAAUGUCGAAAUCAGGAACUUCUCCCUGCAGAACCUGGUCAAGUGUAUCCUCAUGGAGUCCUACCUUGCACACAAUGCUCUUGAAGAUGCCUUAGUUUUGCAAAGGCUCUACAACGCCAUGAUCCCCACACCAGAGCAAACACGCAGUCACUCCUUCUCUCUUCUGCAGGUGGAGACCUACGACUCCUUACAGCCCCUUAUUGCUGAGAAGGCACUUACUAAACCUGCUGCUCAAAAGCUAGCUAAGGGGGAGGUGAGCUUCGAUAUGCUGAGAAAAGCUUACCAACAGGACCCCAAAAAUGGACUAAACAUCUUUCUCCUGCCCUGGAGAAAAGAGUUAGGGCUGACCAUGUUUGCAGGCACGAUUAAAAGGUUGAAAACCUUCUUCAGCAACAUGGAAGAGUGAAGAUUUUGUUCCUGUUAGGGAAACAAGCAGGAAGUGGAAUUUAUGUAUUUCACAAGAAAGUCAUAUGUUCGAGAGAUGUUGUUUGAGAAGUCAUGCAACCAAAACCUGAAAUGCAACAGAAAUGCAUUUUUUUUUCUGAUUUUGUAAAUAUCAUUCAUUGUUUAUACACAUAAGUACAUUAGUGAUCCAUCCAUUAUAGUUGGAUAAAAAGGAACCCUAGCUCUGCCUUUGAAAUAUAGGUACAGCAAUUGAUUUCAAAAGCUGGAACUGUAGAAGGGGCUAAAGCAAUCUAGCCAAUACAAAGGUAUCAACUUAAGAAACCGAAAAUGUAGACAAUAUACUGAGAAUCAAAAGAAACUCAGCACUUAUAACUGCAAAAAGAAUUCACAGCAUGAAUGCCAAUAUCAAGUCCACUAGUGUAGCAGAUACACUGAUAUUUUAUUGAAGAUGACAUACUGUAGGUGAAUUCAGUAUGGAGAUUAAUCAUCAGCAGGGUUGACGUACAGGCAGUAUAAGCUGUACAAGGAGUAUAAGCUGUGACACAUGCAUUGUCGCAUGGAGCAGAUGUUGUUUUGCAUGAUUCUUCCCCUUUCUGCUUUUACGGACUGGACAAGCAUGUGAAUGUUCAUCACGCCACACAUGAUCAAGUCCCACAAUCCCAGAAAUGUUCAGUAUGCUCAGUAGGUCCUCCAUGACAUUGCUGUCACCCUCGCAACUCACAAAAAAGCUGAGCUGCACUAGUAGGUGCGAUGUCCUCUGAAAUUGUAAUGUGAGGAUGUAAGCCCACAGAAAAUGACACGAAUCACUGCCAGUGGAGUGCUUUAGUGACUGGAUGCUUCUUCCUAUUGGUUUCCCUGCUGAUGUGUCUACCUGCUCAUACCAGUCCGUUCUGCUCCAGUGAUGAACAUCGGUCAGUGAGCAGUGGGCCCCAGCGUGGUUGCCUGUCUCGAGGACUGUGAUUGUUGAGCUGCCUCCUCACGUCUGAUGAGCAGGUAGUUGUAACCUGAACUUUAUGAGGCCGUGGGCCUGCCAGUGCAAGGACGGUCCCCAAGAUGAACCAUGAUAAUGUGUGAGUCUUGUCUAGGUUCUGUGGCCCGAGUUCUCCCUGAUCAUGAGCUUACAGUUAAUGGAGAGUAUUUGUAAUGUCUUUCCAGGUUAGAAAUCAGUCAGUGUGCCGACUUUGCCCAGCCUCCAGAAUACCAACGGUACAACGUCUUUGUUCUCUUGAUCACCGAGUUAUAUUUGUCCCUUUUGCAUUUUUCUUUCUUGACCCAUCAGACGUGACCUUCAGCAGGUUGGAUCACUUUACCACCUGUCCUCGAUCAGCUCUGUCCCUAAUGUGGCUAUUCGGUGCUUGAUUGCAACAGUCUUAUUCGCUGCCUGUCAUGAAUACAUCAAAUAAUCGUAACAAUUUAUUAUUAUAAUAACAUGCAUAAGUAAAAUGAAACAUUUCUUUUGAUUCUCAGUAUAGAUUUAGAACAAUCCUGAUAUUCAGUGUUGUUUGAAGUUCAAGGUUGACGCAUGACAUUUGCACAUCGGUGUCCAGAUGAUUCAAAGAUGCAGUACUCAUGGAGGUGAAAGUAAAAAGUGUGCUAUACAAACAUGUGAAAAAAUUAUAUUUCCUUAUCAUGAAAUGAUAAGUAAAGGUAAGAAAGAGGUACUGUAUGUUUUAAUAAGUAUUUUAAAGAACCAUGUUGUAGAGACUGUUGUUCCAUGAUCCCUCAAGAAAUAGUCGGAUGUACAGUAUUACCUGAGGAAAAUUGCAAUAUGAAGAAAAUUUGGCAUAGUAGUCUUUUCUCAUUUGCUAUCUUUAAUGAGGUAUGGUAAAAGUACUUUUAAGUUUGUGAAUUAUUUGAAUUAGCAAGAGAUUUCAACUGUGAAAUGCAUUAUUAUUAUAAUACUAUUAUUAGUAUUCAAGUAUUAAAUACUAACUAUACUAACUCUUUUUAGUGUUGUAUAGUUAUGGUUAACAGUUAACUGGCAUCACAGCACGAAAGAAGGUAGUGGAGUUGUCUUUUUGUUAUGUAGAGAUAGUCUCAUAUGUGUACUGUAUUUGAAGUUGUACCUGAAGGUCAAACUGACUUUCCCACUACCUUUGGCGAGACAGUUCUUGACAGCAGAGACCCCUGUGCAGAAUGACGAAGGACUCAUCAAGAAGACCGUGGACUGAAUGGGAAAGUGACUGUGGCUUUUACUGUCUUUUACACGACUUGAACAUAAAUGUACUUUCAGAAAAGAGAGAAAUAUGAAAAAAUGGAAAAGAGUUGUAAUAUGGGAACCAUGGUUUUAAAAAGUCUCCCUACUCAGUGUUGUGUGAUAAAAAAAAAAGUUAUCAAGUCUUGUUUGAAACAUCUAAAGAAACUCGUCGAGGGAACAGAGAUAUGACAUUACAGACUUUAGCACAAGGAAAUGACCUUUUACUGAGUAUUCAAUCAGAUAGGGGGUCACACCUUUAAACAAUAUGGAUUUUGAAGUUGUAAUAUACAUAAAGCAACUUUGUUAUACA